ACGCUCUACCUCUUCACAGCCUCCGACUUCCCCACCUUCGCCAUCCCCACAGCCCUCUUCGGCCUCUUCGGCGCCCUGUCCGGCUCCGUCUUGACAUCCAACCCCUCCCCAUCGAUCAUACCGACACUACUACGCAUCCCACAGGCACUGUUGUUGAUAUGGAUAAACCUCCUCAUCUUCAACAUAUCCAACCAACGCACACCCUCCGCGGUCUCCGAAGACGCUGUCAACAAACCGCACCGUCCGAUACCCGCCGGUCGCAUCACAAUCGAACGCGCUCGCCAGGUCAACCUGAUCCUCGUGCCUGUCGUCCUAGGCCUGAGCUGGUGGACGCAUGUUUGGCACGAGACCUUGGUGUUGCUAGCCAUGCAGUGGAUGUACAAUGACCUGCGCGGCUGCGACGAGUCGCUGCUGCUGCGCAAUGGACUUAUCGCUGUCGGAUAUGGAUUGUACUCCGCCAUCGCUUUAUCCAUCAUGGUAGGAGGCACUCACGCUCUCAAUGCAACGGGGUGCCAGUGGCUCGUCAUCAUCACGUCGGUGAUGUUUACCACGCAGCACAUCUGCGACAUUAAAGACGCGCCUGGCGAUAAGCUGAGAGGGAGGAGGAGCGCGCCGAUUGUGCUGGGGGAUGGGGCGUGCAGGUGGUCGGUGUCUGUUCCGAUCAUGGUUUGCUCAGCGCUUUGCCCGGCAUUCUUCGGUCUCGAUCUGGUAUCAUUUGUUUCCACCUGCUCUUUCGGUGCGCUGGUGGCGGGACGUACGCUCUUCCUGCGCUCGCUCGCGGCGGACAAGUUGACGUGGAAGCUGUGGGCGUUGUGGACGUGCAGUCUCUUCGUACUCCCGCUUAUU